CUACUACUCCUCCUCUUCACUCCUACUCUUAUACGUCGGAGACUGAUUUUAUACUCUCUCUCUCUCUCUACACACAUACACCUUCACCAGCAAUGUCUAACUCCUCCUCCUCCGCUUCCGCCGUCGCCUCUGAAGUAGACGCCGCCAUCUGGAGAGCCGUCGUCGGCUCCUCCGUCCAAGUCCCCUCACUCAACUCCUAUGUCUACUACUUCCCCCAAGGACACCUGGAACACACCUCCUCCUCCGCCUCCAUUCAUAAUUACAAUUUUGCCCUCCCACGUCCCUUCAUUCCCUGCCAAGUCCUCUCCAUUCGUUUCCUUUCUGAUCAUCCCUCGGAUCAGGCUUUCGUCAGAAUCCUCCUCCAGCCGCUCCAGCCCCUAGGACCACGCCCAAUGAACAACGAUGAUGAUGACACUAGAACCGACGUGGUCUCAUUCUCGAAGAUUCUGACUCCGUCCGAUGCGAAUAACGGUGGAGGUUUUUCAGUUCCCAGAUACUGUGCGGACUUGAUUUUCCCGCAGCUGGACUUCGCGGCUGACCCGCCCGUUCAGAAUUUGACAUUGAAAGACACCCAUAACAAUGCAUGGGAGUUUCGACAUAUCUACCGAGGCACGCCGCGCCGCCACUUGUUAACUACUGGCUGGAGCAAGUUCGUUAACGCCAAACGCCUCGUCGCCGGAGAUACCGUGGUUUUUAUGAAGAAAAAGUCGACGAAUGAGCUCUUCGUUGGGAUCAGGAGAGCCUCAAGGGUUGGCGGCAAUGAGGGCCAGGAUGGUGGUGAGGCGUUGGAGGCGAUACAGAAGGCGGCAAGAGGAAUGGCGUUCGAGGUGGUGUACUAUCCCAAGGCUGGAUGCCCCGAUUUCGUGGUGAAGGCGGAGAAGGUGAAAGAUGCAUUGCGGAUGUGCUGGAGGCAGGGAAUGCGGGUAAGGAUGGGGGUGGAAACGGAUGAUUCAUCCCGGAUGACGUGGUUUCAGGGCACAAUUGCAGCAACCACGUCUCCUGGUACCGGGCCGUGGUACGGUUCUCCCUGGCGCAUGCUUCAGGUGACUUGGGAUGAACCUGAAAGCCUUCAGCACGUUAAUAGAGUGAACCCUUGGCAAGUGGAAUAUAUUCCGGCCACUCCACUCUUUGAUCCCGAAUUUCCUCCCUCUAAGAAGUUCAGAAUAAUGCAAAAUCCAGAGACGGUACCUGCUGGAGAGGGAGGUUUUCGCCUCCCUCAAUUAACACGUCCAAUGGCAGGACAUCUGAACCCGGCUGCGCUCAGUUAUGCUCCUUUUUCUGCUGGCAUGCAGGGAGCCAGGCCCGAUCACAUUUGUAUAUCCAAUGCCAGCAGUGAUAGGACACUCCAAACGUCGAAUGAACUCCCUAAGAACGAUGCGGCCCCAGAAUUGAAAACCGUUUCAACGGUUCUAAGUAUCGGGAGUUCAUAUUCCGACAAUUUAUCACAUGGUAGUCAGAGCAGCGUCCAGUUCCGCAGCACUGAUCUACUUGGCCAGCCGGGACCGAGUUCAUCAUCCAAAACUGGGGCGAAUUCGUUCCAGUUGUUUGGAAAGAUCAUUCAGAUGCCUGAGCCUGUUGGAGGCGGUUCAAAACUUAAGGCGACUUGUACAGAUGGUGGAAAGGAGAGUAGCGUUCAUCCACCAACCUAAUCCUUCUCCUAGGUCAGCUGCAUUUGGGGGGGCUUGCUGAUAAAUUGUAAGAGCCUCAACCGAGGGAGCAUGAACCAUAUGAAUUAGUGGCUCAUUUGCUGACAAUGUAUAGCUCUGUACAGGUGAUGGAGAAGGCGUCUUAAGUUUUGUUUGUAAUCCUAGAAAAAUCCAGUUGGUAUUGUUUCAGAAAUGUGAUGGAUUACUUGGGGAGGAGGAUGUUGAUGAGUGGCGAUAUUGUGCUUGCUUUCUCACUUAGCCUUGGAGACAACUGUACCAACUUGUCCACCAAUUCUGUGGUCAGUUAGGCCCAGGGGAAGGCCCAAAUCCAAUCCCUUGUGUUUUACAUUUCACAAAGUUCAGAUUAUACAUCGGAAGAUUGAUUUGUCUAUUUUCCUUAGUACUGAACUAAUAUAACACGGUCUAUUAUUUACUUUACUUAUUC